CGAAGGAUGUUGACGUGUAUGUCUCGCAGCGCGUUUUGUGUUUUUCCUGGAUAACCUACAUGUGAUUAUGUUAAAAUAUCACGAAUUUUGAUCAUAUCAUCUUAGAUCCGGUGUAUUUUCACAGUUGGAACAAAACUGAGCUGCAGUGAACCUAGAUCUAGCAAUGGCGACGGGAGGUUCAUCACGAUUUAAGAAGGCAUCACAGACAAUGUCUGAAAACACAGCCUUAUUCAAGGCUGUGUACCAAGGAAACCUCGAGACAGUAGUUAACUUGGUAAGAUCUGGGCUGGACUUGGGGGCCACGAAUGAGUAUGGACGAACUGCUCUCAUGGAUGCAGUGAUGUAUUUCAGACAAAACGUGGCGAAAUUUCUAGUCGGGAAGAUGACUGCCAAGGACUUGAUGGUGGUAGACAGGCAUGGCUUCAAUGUGUUACAUAUGAUGGCCAUUGAAGAGGUUCCGUGGCCAGAUAUUAUGCAGGACAUUUACGACAACUGUCCGGAAACCCUACAACAACUGAACCGAAAGAAUCGCCGACCGAUAGAUGUCGCCAGAGACAUGCAGUGCAAGGACCCGGAACUUCGUCAAGACGUUUGUAAUAUUCUCACUCAAUUGGAGCAAAGAAAGCAGCAGCAGCAGCAUCAGCAACAAUAUGCGGCAGGAAUAGCUGAUACUAUGGAAAAGCCUUGCAAUAUCACCAUUACCGUCGUUGGUCACCAUGGAGUUGGCAAGUCUUGUUUCGUCCGGCAACUCAAACAGGAAUAUAUUCCGGUAGAGGGUCCUGGCUCAACAGAUACCGCUAACUUCUAUGUCAACUUUUUGGGAUAUAACCCGAACACCGGUUGGCGACAGAAACUUGACAUAGACGGAGAAGUAGAGACGGGUCUUCAGCGACUGAAACGGAUAAUAGAUCGAAAGCGAAAAGAAGAAAAACCGGCUGUACAACCGUCUGCUGAUACACAAGACCUUCACGGCGAUGAUAAGAACGAGGUGUCUGCAAGUACAUUAGACAUAAACGAUGAUAAAGAAGACGCGUCUUCAUGUGCUCCAGAUUUGCAAACGACGACACAUCAUUUACCUAGGAAAAAGACAGGUAUCAAGCGGACACUGAAACGAUUCUUCUCAAAGUUCAAAUUCAGAGGGAAAAGAGGAGAAGUUCAACAGGCGGUAAUACCUCAGAAACAAAGUAGCGAAAAUUCUUCUUCUUCAGAAGUUCAACAGGAGGUUAUACCUCAGAAACAAAGUAGCGAAAAUCCUUCCUUUACCGAAAAAAAUGUACUCAAGGAAAUACCUCUCGAACAAAGGAGCGUUAUAGAGGCGGUAAUGCACACCAAGGCAGGUGGUGACGGUGAAGAGGACGUGAAGGGCUUCGUAACAAUCUACGACUUUGGUGGGGAGAAGGUAUUCUACAACACGCAUCACUGUUUUAUGUCAAGCAACAUGGUCUUCGUCCUGGUGUUCGACGUGGCUAUGUGUCUUGAUCCGCGCAGACAGAAAGAUGGUUACGAAAAAAUCGAGUUUUGGCUGAGGUCUAUCGCUACCUAUGCUAUUGAAAGAGCAGCACGUGGUAAAGGAACGCCUCCUAUCAUCCUCGUGGGAUCUCAUUUGGACCGUCUUUCUCAGAAUACAGAAGAACAACAGCACUUGUUUGCCUCGGUGCUAGAAAAGCUGUACGAGAAACCUGAACUACGUGAAAUUAUGGAAACCCACGUCCAGGAAAUGUUCCCCAUUGCAGAUCUGAAUGAUUCGACGAAAAAUCAAGCAACGUACCAGCAGAUGUGGGAAAAGAUCAUAGAGAUUGCCCCACUCCAAUCUCAGUGGAUGAAGCCUGUACCUGCAAGAUGGGUCGCCUUUGAACACGAGUUGGUGAGACUGAAGAAUGAUGGCAGGGUUAUCCUGACAUACGGUGAAUUGUUGGAAAUCAACAGGGAGUUAGUAGUGCCAUUAGUAGAAGGUGACAUAAUCAAAUUCCUAUGGAAACUUAAGUUUUUUGGAUCAUUCUUGUGCUUUGAUCUUCAUAACAAGAGACCGUUCAUCGUUCUGCAAGCACAGUGGAUAAUAGAUGCAUUCAAAGUCAUCAUCACCGACCCAAAGUUCUUUACUGAACUAACAAUGAAGCAAGGACAUGAUUGGACAGCAUAUCAGAAGUCUGGUGUCUUACCAGUAGAAUUUAUCCGGCAACUUUGGGGACGAUACGAGAAAUGUCGAUUCAUCGAAGAGGAGGAAACUCUCUACAUUACAAUGGAAACUCUUGGUUUAAUCUCAAAACCACUGUCUGUAGAUGCAGAGGUGAAUUACUUCAUAGUACCUAGCAUUCUUCAAACUGCAGAUCCCGAGAUCAUUCGUCCAGUUCUUGAUUAUCCUGACACUGUCACAGCUGUCGCUCUUUGCCUCAAGUUCGACAACCCAUUCAUCCCACAGGCCGUGUGGGACAAGAUGCUUGCCGCCUGUAUCCACAGGUUUCAGCAACUUGAAGAGCCCGGUAUGGAUGGUUCGAAGUUUAUUCAGUGCGGAUUUGCCUGUCUGCAGGUGAAAAGUCUUUGGAAAAUGAUUAUCGUAUGUAAAGACAAUGCCAUGAAAAUGGUCAUGUUCACGAGAAGUACAGAUCAGGAAGUAUUGCUGCCUGGAACCGGAAUCAGCCUUCGUAAAAUUAUGCAGGGUAUUCUCAUGCGAAUUCUUCAGAUGAAUAAUCAAAGUCAUCUUGGGUACCAGUUCUACCUCCACAACGACUACCGAUUCACUUCUAAUGACAAAAUGGUGACAUUAAAAGAUCUCCGUCAAAGGGAUAUUGUAGAAUGUUACGGUUCGGAUGGAUAUGGAUGGAUACAAAGAAAGGAUAUGUACUUCUGGUUUGAGGAUGAAAAUCAGAAGACGAAACAAAAGAUUUACCGGAUAGAAAUUUGUCGCCCAAAGAGAUUGGCAGAUUGUCUAGAUACAUCCGCAGUUCAUACCUGACUUUUUUUGUCGACCUGAACUGUCCUGUAGAGACAGUGGAACAGGAGAUAGAAGAGCAUCGCCACCUCGCCUUUAGAUCCCGCAUUACGAAGGUCUUCUUGCAUCUCCUCAAAAUGAAGGUGGAUGUUGGUUUCGGGGCAAUAGCUGACGCAAUGUCAAAACACGGAAUGGAUUCUGCGAAACUGAUGAACACUCUUGACGCUGAGCGCAGUGUAAACAGCGACGAGACGUUGCCAGAUAGCUUGCAGCAACAGUGCCUGUCUAUGGAGGAUGCUUCCAACAUUGCUGACUAUGUCGACAUUAAGACAUAUUUUAACUUGUUCCUGGAGCUCGGUUUCUCACCAGCAAAUGUAGAUGACUUUGACGACCAAUACAGACACGUGAAAACUCGCGUGAAGGUCACUGCCAUGCUGGAAGCGUUCAUAACAGAGACCGAUCCCUGCCCAACAGUCAACACAAUACUCCUGGCGAUGCAGGAAUGCGACAUGGACACCAAAUCCCUUAUCGCAGCAUUAAAAGAAACCUAGAUACAGGAAGUUAUAGUGAGGUUUGGUGACAGUUAUUCACUCAACGUGGUUUUGGAGAUGACGAACCAAAUGAACCCAGGAGGGAGGGUAUGGCUUAACUAGGACGAUUGUAUUAUAGUAAAUGUUUCCGGUAAAAUGAGUUUUCCCAAAAUCAGAAGAACUAUAUGCUGUACAGUAACAGAUUAUAACGUGUAAUGCAGAUUCAAAUAUCAUGUUGUUGACUCAAGAAAUACAAAUACCGGUUACAUAAACACUGUCUACGUGUGACACAAAUUAUGAUAUUAUAAAUGGUCAACACUGUGUCAUUGUUUGGUAAAUAAGACAUAUCAUGUGUAAUUUGUUAAACUAAUAUCCUUUGAUAUUUCAUAUACUUCAUGGGAGAAUAGUUAGUCGAUACACACAUAUAUUAAACUGUUUUAUAAACAACAUAGAUAUCCCGUCCUAUGUGUAUGAACUAUCUUUUGUACAUUUCAAGAUGUAUUUUAAUCCUUAAAGAAAUACGUCUAUUUGUAAUUAUUGACAGUUUGGUUAUUUUAUGUAAAAAUACCUCUUUAACAUAACAUAUAUAUUUGAAAAAAGGAAUAUCUUUAUUGUUUUUACGACAUUUUCAUUUGAUGAAGCUAUAUAUUAGUUACAUUUAGAAACAUCGACAUUUUUUUUAGAAAUAUCCUUAUUUCUAUUUGGUAUUUCUCUAUUUCUGUUUAAUAUGUUUCCUUCUUUAUGUGUUUCAUUUUUUCCCAUUUAGAUAUAUAUCCAAGAAUUUGGUGACCUCAUUUGGUUAUUCAAUGUUCAGUUGGUUUAUCAUACUAUGCAAGAGCAAACAACAACGUGAGACAUUAUCCACACGUACAUGUUAAAUUUUGUGUCUGAAUGUAAAUACAGGUUAUGUACGUAGGAUGUUUACUUUUAUUUGAUAUACAGGAUAAUGCAUUAUUUUUAUUAAAGAUAUACGUUUUGGACUGUGUCUAAAGGUAUAGGUGCAUGAUCCUGGACCAUUAUUUUUACUUCAGAUCGUUGUAAUCAAUCCGUUUCCUGGUUUGAACAAAGGAAUGCAACUCGUCUUGUUAGUGAACUGUUUGAUUACGAUGAUGGGCCGUGAUAAUGUAUAUCAAUUCAUUUCCUCGAUUUUUUAUUUCGCAAUAUGCUUAAAGAAUGCCAUCUUAAUAUUGACUAUCAAUACUAAUAGUAAUAUCCAAUACAAAUAAAAUAAUUCGCGAAUAAAUGUGAAAAUAAAUCUUUCGCAAAACCAAAGGAAUUACAUCAUUCAUACACUUUUUCCAAAAUCAUCUCGCAAAAUGGGUUAGCAAAAUUGUAACGCUAUCAAGUUUGAUUCACUGCCAGAAUACUAUAAGUUAUGUUUGUUAUUGAAUAGGUGCAUUUUCUGUAGAGACGUAACAAUUAAGCUAUUUUUACGAUUUUUACGAUUUUUCUUUAUUAUUCUUUUUUUAGCUCUGUGAUGUUUAGGGUACUUGGUUUCGUAUUUUUUGCUAUAGUUAUUUGGAUGUUUAUAGCCGUUCUUAUCUGUUGGUAUCUGGUCUAUACAUCACAAGAAUGAUAUGUUUAUAUAUGUUAAUUGAAGCUGAUUAUCAUGUCUAUAGCGUUUAAUAUAUUAUUUUGUGGCAAUUUGUUUGUUUAUAAUCGAUUGAAACAAACGCAUCUCUGGACACCUGCGAUAUAGGAUACUCUUGGCCACCAAAAACGGUCGAAACAAAUAUCUUGGACUACACACUUGAUUUUGGAAAUGAACUCCUGUGUGUAGUCGAAACAUUCCAUAUUUAUAAUUUGAAAAUUUAAAUACCGUGGACGAAAUGUCUAAACUGUUCCUUAUGUUUUAGCUCGCCUGGCCCAAAGGGUGGCGUGGUGCGGCGUCUGUCGUCCGUCCGUCGUCCGGCGUCAAUAUUUUACUUUAAACAAAUUCUUCUCAAUAACCAA